CUUGUCCCCGCCUACGACACACAGACCUUGCGGAAGUGGAUUGGCACGAAUGUCAACAAGAAAGACGGAGAAAAGAUAAACACUUCCAAAACGACACAUCGGUGAAGAUGACGUCUUCAUUUGUGGCGAGCUGAUGGAUCUGUAGACUGUUUUUUUCCUUGAAUUGUGUUUUAAUUAGUGUUUUAUCAGACAACGACUGUCAUUGGUUGUUAGAAUGCGUCUUUCCCACAGCAGCCUUUGCAUCUUAAAUCUUUUGGUUUUAACAGUUCCCUGCACUCUGGAGCUGUCCAUCAGUAAUGCAUAUUGUGAGCGUUCACCCAAAAUACUGCUAUCCAGAGAAGGAGAGAUUCAUAACUCUGCCCACCAUGCCUGGUCUUCCCGCCCACUCAACUGCAGUUGGCUGAUAACCUCGAAAGUUGGGGAGCGUGUCAUCAUCAGUUUUUCCCAGUUUAGCAUGAGAUGUGGGCGAGAAUGGGUGUCUGUGGCUCCUCUCACUGGCAGGUCCAACAAACUCUGUGGUUCCCAGUUGCCACCACCAUUUGAGUUGACGGGCGGAAACAUAACAGUGACGCACCACUUUCUCCCCCAUUUUUACCCGGUGUCAGGGUUCCACCUUUCAUAUAUUAAAGACUCGGGUCCCUGUUUUCCAGGAGAGUUUGAAUGUUACAGUGAACGCUGUCUCCCGGCAUCAUGGCGGUGUAACGGACAGGUAGAAUGCCUUGGUGUGGGUGAUGAACUUGGUUCUGAUGAGGAUGGAUGCGAUGACAUCACUCCUGAACCUGACAUAGACUAUAUAAAUCACCCCCUUCCCACAGAAACCACCACCAUUGCUAUUUCAUUGUCCAACACAGAUGUGACACCACUUAAAGAACCCAAUGUUACACUGAUUCCCCAAAGAGGACCAUGUGGGGGGUACUUAGAUGCAUUUUAUGGGUCAUUUACUCCUCCUGUACUAACAGGACAACCAUUGGAGUGUGUGUGGACGGUUGACCCCCGAGACUCGCGACCACUUAAACUAGAGCUCCAGCAAUUGGAUCUGGGUCCUGGAGACACAAUCAUAAUCACAGACCAGCCCCAUGGAUCAGGCAACGUCAUUAAAACUAUCAGCUAUGUGUCCAAUAACAAAGCAGUGGAGGUGGAAUCCCACACUGGCUUGCUAACCCUGAUCUACCAUACAAUAACUGCAUCGGAUGGGCAGGGCUUUAAUGCGACCUAUCGCAUUACGGAUUACUGCCUUCCAUGGGAGGGGCUUUGUGGGGGAUCAGAUGGAGGCUGUUACACCCUGAAGCAGCGUUGUGAUGGGCACUGGGACUGUCCUGAAACAGGCUUGGAUGAGGAAGGAUGCGGGGGCUGCCCGGCUGGACACUUCCUCUGUGGGAUAGGCGGGAUGCAGAAAGCAGGCCACCAGCAAGGCAAACCAAACUGCUUUUCCAUCCAUGAGCGUUGUAACUACCAGCUCAACUGUGCAGAUGGCAGUGAUGAGAGGGAAUGCACCUUCUGCCAACCUGGGACAUUUCACUGCGACAGUGACAGGUGUGUAUUUGAGAGCUGGCGCUGUGACGGACAGGUGGACUGUAAGGAUGGCACAGAUGAGCUAAACUGCACUGUGACCCUGCCCCGAAAGGUCAUCACAGCGGCUACUGUUGGAAGCCUAGUUUGCGGCCUGCUGCUAGUCAUUGCAAUGGGCUGCACCUGCAAGCUGUACUCGCUGCGCACUCGAGAGUACAGCAUGUUCGCACCAAUCACUAGGCAGGAGGCAGAACUGAUCCAGCAGCAGGCCCCGCCCUCCUAUGGUCAGCUGAUUGCUCAGGGAAUCAUUCCACCUGUGGAAGACUUCCCUACUGAGAACCCUAAUGAAACCGCCACACUCUCCUUAAGAGGAAUACUACAGCUCCUCAGGCAAGACAAUGCUUCCUCUCCACGAAGAAGACGCAGGCCACGGUUUGUCCGCAGAGCUGUCCGUCGCCUGAGAAGGUGGGGCUUAAUUCCCCGGCCUGUUCCCAGGUCGUCACAGACCACCGCCUCUGCCUCGCAACAGACAGAGGCUCCUACUUCUGCCUCUGGGCCCAGCCAGUCAAGUCCUGGAGUUUCCUCAGUAGCUGCAGAAGUUGCCAGUCAUCCCUUGCCUCAGAAACUGUGUUUAGCCCAUCAGACAGAGCUGCAGCAGCAGCAAGCAGAGGCUCCUCCCUCUGUCCAGCCUAUCCAUGCCCCUGAAAUGCAACAAACCCCGCUCAUAACUGUACCCCCUAGCAGCCCCUCCCUGGUAUCUCUCUUCCACAUGCUGGGGAGGAGUCUCUCCCGUUUAAGACCCUCCCCAUCUCCUACCUCUCUUCCCCUCUCUGCAUCUCCCUCUUUUUCCUUUUCUUCUUCAGAAGAUGAAGUGCUGCUCAUCCCUCUCUCUGAUGACACAACCUCUGAAGAUGAUGUGCCCAUGCUGACAUGAGCUACUCUUAUUGAAACCAUUUUUAUGUCUUUCUCUAUCUUCAUGGUUCUGUCUCUCCCUCCAUGUUGUUCUCUCUCUCCCUUUCAGCACGUAAACGUCACCAUGUUUGCUUCUUGUGCUGGCUUGGUGCCUUAUCUUCUAUUAAUGCAUUUGUUUACCUUAAGAAAAGACAUGACAUGAGAAAAUGUAUUGAAUUAUGUGUGUCAAAAUAUUUGACAAGUGAUUGUGUGCAUACAGAUUUGUGUGUGUGUGUGUGUGUGUGUGGAGAAAAAACAUUUGCACAGAAAAUCUUCCCCCAGCUGGCUUACGAAAUCCCACGAAGUGACUACAAUUCUUAAAACUGACCUGGUAAUAUUGAUUUUAUUUAGAAUUUAUUUUUUAUUCCUUCAGCCAUGGUUGUGUGUAUGGGUAUAUACAAGUGAGUGUACGUCAUAAUGUUACAGGCCACAUACAUUCUUGUGUGUGUUCCUAAGAAGUGCCUUUGACUUGAGCUUCUUGUAGAUCACUAGACAGUAUGUGUCUAUGUAUGUGCUUGCACGUAGGGCCAAACACACUUGCACAAAAGUUUAAGCAAAUGUAGAACUCACCCUUGCUAUGUAUAUUGUAGGGCAUGGCAACUGUGGCAAUAACUUAAGAAUAAAAAACUGUGUGUGUGAGAGAGAGGACAGAAAUGGCUUGUCACUCUCAGUGCUCAAGGUUACACUCACACCUCUGUGUGCACCACCAACCAGAAUGACAUCACUAUUAUAUCACAAUGACUUGAAUAUGUCUUUCAAUAUACAGAUUUAUUACUUUCAAGUUCCUGGCUCAAUGGAUAAUCAACAGAUGACCAAUCAUAGUGCCAUAUCUCUAGUAACAUGUUUUCAGCUGCUCUUACAAUCAUUUCACUCCUCUUACACUGUUGAUUGUUGUUUUUAAUAAUGUAUUUUAUUAAUGCCAAGAUUUUAAACUCUUCUGCUGAGUGGUGAUUGCAAUAGAAAGAGGAAUUAUCGUAGAAUAAUUGAUUGUAGUAGGAUGAAUUUCACUGUAUAUAUUUGCUAAACCAGCUGGAAAAUCACAAAGAUUAAAAUUAU